UCAAAGUGAAAAAACCUAUUAAAAAAAUUGAAAAAAACACUGCUUAAAACGUGAAAAAGCUAUUAAAAACACUUAAACUGAACUUAAACUCAAAGAUAACUGGUUUAGUGGCUGGUUAAUAAUCGCUAAUACAUUGCUAGCGGCGUUUUGCAAAAUCGCUUAAUUGGUUAUUGAAUUUUCAAGACCGACGAAGACAAAAAAAUCAAGAUUCCCAUAACUACAAGCUAACGAUAGUGGGAACGAAGUUGAGUUGGUAAAUUUAAUUGAAAUGAGUGAAUUUCAACCGCAGCAAGGACAGAGUAUCAGUCAAUCCCAGGCGUUGGCUCAGGCGAUACAGCGUGCCAAGCAGAUAGCGGCUAAGAUCCAACCCAGCCAGCAGGCAGGCGGUCCAGGAGGACCUGGAGCAGGACCAUCACCACCAUCUGGUGGGGGAGGGCCGGGACCCGGUGCGGGCAACAACUUCAAGAGGCACAACGACGACGGCGACAGCGGACCAGAGUGCAAACGCUCCUUUGGCAGUCCGGACUACGGCCACAACAAUAAUUCGAACAUGAGCAGCAGCAGUGGUGGCGGUGGAGGUGGUGGGGGAGGGGGAUCCGGUCAGGGCGGGGCAAAUAUUACGCAAGCCAUUGCCCAGGCAGCUGCAGUGGCCGCUCGCCUGGCGGCAUCGGCCGGAACAACGUGCGAGGAGCAAAUCCGCAUACCCGAAUCCAUAGCCAAUGCCUUUAUGGGACGUGGCAGCAACGACACCAUCACCCAUAUCCAGGCCGAGUCGGGGGCCAAGGUACAGCUGAUGCCGGAACAGGAGCGAGUCAUUACGUUGCGCGGCCAGCGGGACACUGUGUCGAAGGGUCGCGACAUGAUCCAGCAGAUGGCCAGCCGCGGUGGUGGCGGAACCGUGGAGGUACUUCUCACCAUCAACAUGCCGCCUCCGGGCCCCAGUGGCUAUUCGCCCUACCAAGAAAUCAUGAUACCCGGUGCCAAGGUGGGCCUGGUCAUUGGCAAGGGUGGCGACACAAUCAAACAGCUGCAGGAGAAGACGGGAGCCAAGAUGAUUAUCAUCCAAGACGGACCCAAUCAGGAGGUCAUCAAACCUCUGCGCAUUUCCGGCGAUCCGCAGAAGAUCGAGCAUGCCAAGCAGAUGGUCUUGGAUCUCAUCGCACAGAAGGACGCUCUAGCUCAGCAGCAGGGUGGACGCGGGGGUGGUGGUGGAGGAGGUAGCGGUGGUGGUGGAGGGCCCGGCCUCGGCUACAACAACUUCAAUAAUGGCAAUGGCGGCGAGAGCGUAGAGGUCUUUGUGCCCAAGAUUGCCGUCGGCGUCGUCAUUGGCAAGGGAGGUGACAUGAUCCGAAAGAUUCAAACUGAAUGCGGCUGCAAGCUGCAGUUCAUUCAGGGAAAAAACGAUGAGAUGGGCGAUAGACGCUGUGUCAUCCAGGGCACCCGCCAACAGGUCGAGGACGCCAAGCGGACCAUCGAUGGACUGAUUGAAAACGUGAUGCAACGAAAUGGCCUCAACCGCAACGGCAACGGAGGUGGCUCCCAAAGUGGGGGCGAAGGCAACUCCAAUUACGGAUAUGGCUACGGCGUGAAUCAUGCCCAGGGCGGUCGUGAGGAGAUCACUUUCAUGGUGCCGGCAUCCAAAUGCGGUAUUGUGAUUGGACGUGGGGGUGAGACGAUCAAGCUGAUCAAUCAGCAAUCCGGAGCCCAUACUGAAAUGGAUCGCAAUGCCAGCAAUCCGCCCAACGAAAAGCUGUUCAAGUCCAAGGGCACCACCGACCAGGUGGAGUCGGCACGUCAAAUGAUUUCAGAGAAGAUCAACAUGGAGCUGACUGUCAUUGCCCGCAAGCCCAUCGGUGGUGGUGGCGGCGGCGGUGGUGGAGGAGGCGGAGGUGGUGGAAACGGCUCAGGAGGUGGACCCAGCAAUUCCCAUCAUGGUCAGCAGCAGGGCGGCUAUGGUGGACCCAAUCCAAUGCAAGGCGGUGAUCCAAAUGCCGCCGCUGCAGCAGCGUACCAGCAGCAGCAACAACCCUGGGGUCCCUAUGGACAGCAGGGAUGGGAUCCAGCGGCCCAGCAACAGCAACAAAUGGCAAUGACUGCCAAUCAGGGCGGUGGUCCUGGUGGAGCCGGUGCAAACGCUGGCCAGGACUACUCGGCCCAGUGGAUCGAGUACUAUAAGCAAAUGGGCUGCCAUCGCGAGGCUGAGUUGAUCGAACAACAGAUGAAGGCCAAGCAAGGAGGCGGUGCACCUGGGCCCGGGCAGCAGGUGCCGCAGCAGCCACAACAGCAGCAACAGCAAGUGCCGCAGCAAGCACAGCAGCAGGCAUCCGGCGGCAACAGCGCUGACUACAGCGCACAGUGGGCGGAAUACUACCGCAGUGUGGGCAAGCACGAGGAGGCAGAGGCAAUCGAGAAGACAUUGAAGAACAAGCAAUCACAGAACGGUGGACCUGCUGUUGGCCAAAGCAAUGCGCCCAAUCCCAGCCAAGGCGGCCCCAAUCCCGGCCAACAGCAGCAGCCCAAUCCAGCGGCGGCAGCAGCAGCCGCUGCUGCAGCAGCCGGGGGCUAUGCCCAAGGUAUGACUCCUAGCCAAUAUGCACAAUAUUCACAGUAUUACGCUGCUGCGGCUGCGGGUCAGCCACAAGCACCACCGCAGCCUGGCGGUGGUCCGCCCGCUGGUUAUCCCGGUGGAUAUCCGGGUGGCGGCUAUGGCGGCUACCCGGGUGCGCCGGGACAACAGCAGCAACAGCAACAGAAGCCGCAUAAAAAUGACAAGCAUUGAUAACGUUUUGGGAUGUGAUGUGGCGAGGCGAAAGAACUGGGAAUGGAAGUCAGAGGUGGGAGCUGUAGCUGGAGUGGAAAUUACUGCACUAAAGGGUGUGGCAGGUGCCUUGAAUUGGUGAUCUAUUGUUCUACUAUGUCCUAUGUCUUUUAUCCCCCACAAGCUAGCAAAA